AUGAUAUGCCGCAUUAGGGUACUGAAUGAAUCAGUGGAUUUAUCAUCACAGUUAGAAUCAUCAGUCACCAUAGGUGAGCAUGCCUUCAGUCAAAUGCAAGGUGAUUUAGACCAGCAGCGACUUUUGGGUGAAAGGCCACAUUUUGAUCCACUUGAUGAAAUAAUGCUGAAAGAAAUGCAGAACAAAGAAAGGUAUGAACGUUUAUUAAGACGAGCAAAAACAGAAGACUUAUCAGAAGUGUCAGGUAUUGGUUGUCUGUACCAAAGUGGAGUUGAUCGUUUUGGUCGACCUGUUAUUGUGUUUGUUGGAAAAUGGUUUCGCUUCAGGGAAAUCAAUUUAGAUAAGGCUCUUUUGUAUUUGAUUUAUUUACUGGAUCCUUUGGUUAAAGGAGAUUAUGUAAUUGCUUACUUCCAUACACUAACAUCAAAUCCCAAUCACCCAUCACUUACAUGGUUGCGAGAAGUUUAUAAUAUUUUGCCAUAUAAGUACAAAAAGAAUUUGAAGGCAUUUUAUAUAGUUCACCCGACAUUCUGGACAAAGAUGAUGACAUGGUGGUUUACAACAUUUAUGGCUCCUGCAAUCAAGCAAAAGGUUCACAAUUUACCAGGUGUUGAAUAUUUAUAUUCUGUUAUCUCACCUGAUCAAUUGGAAAUUCCAGCAUACAUCACUGAAUAUGAUAUGUCGGUGAGUAUUGCUGAACAAGGAUCAAAAAAAAGUUUAUGGUCUCGUCCUGGCUCUGCCAUUUCCUUUCGUCAGCAGAGUGCUUGAUUAUUCUCUGCCUUGCGGAAGCAUGUUCGGAGUACAAUUUUCAGAGAUUCUCGAACUGAUGUUCCUCAUUCCUAUUUAUUUUGUUAUCCCAUUAGUUCUCACAGUCUAUUGAUGGGUAUUGAAAAUAACAUUCUUGAGCUCUUCCUCAUGUGGCAAGCAUUAAUACUUCUAAAAUCUAAUUUGUGAAGUGAAUUUUGCACCUGUGGAAUUUGUUGUAAGCAAUGCCUUGUGGGUGAUAAAAUUGUUGUGCUUUUGUGUAAUGUGAAUAUUUUUUUAUGUUAUUUGUGUAAACUUAUUUGUUUGUGAAAGGAUAGAUAAGAGAAUAUUUCUUUAUAUCAGUUUUAUUCAGCAAUAGCAGCUCAAGUUUGUGUAUUUUAAAUGUAGAAUGCAAGUGGAACUUAUUAUAUGUGGACAUUAGCAUGUGAAUAAUUUAAAGAGAUCCCUUGGAAUGCAUAUUACUUUCAGUCUCUGUCAACUUGUACAAAUCAAUGCCUUCUUAGAUGUAGUGUGUUUCAAGAAAGUAGUCUUGACUGGACAAAAUUGUGAAGUUUUCUUGUGGAAAGAUAUCAAUGUUACCAGGCAAUCUAUAUGUGAUGUACAGUGCCAUACAAUCUGUUCAGCAAUGUUUUUAGCUUUCACUAACCAUUGUGAUGGAUGUGUCCAUGUAUGCGUGUGAGAUGUGGCAUAAAUUUAUUACCUGCUAUAUGAUUUUUCCACUUGGAAAAACUGAAGUGGAAAAUAUUUCCUACAAUGUGUCUCUUAACUAAAUUUUCCAAGUGUAAAUUGUUCCUUUAUGGAAAUAAUUUUGCAUUUAUAAGAAUUGUUCACAUAUACAUUAUUAUUCUGUAAUAUAAAUCUGGAAAAUGUUUUUAGUGUGAACUUCUGCGUUAAUAAGGAGAUAAUGAGAGCAAAAAUAACUUUUCAUGCUGUUUUUAUGAAUAUGAACUGCAUUUAAAUUCUAUCACUUACUGUUUUUUAUUUUCAUUGAGGAAAUUUGUGAUACCAUUCAUUAUAGUUAAUGAAGUUCCAAUGAAACCCAGGAAAAAUUACAGAUUUAUUCUAAUUUUCCUCUUCUUCUGAUCAUUAGAUAGAAUUGGGAGUUACUGUAUGUCUUGUUCCUUAUUGCUAAGUUCUAUUUCAGUAGUUACAAAAUACCUAAAUCUUUACAUGAAGAGGAAAAUCUCUUUGUCUUCUAACAUCCUCCCACUUCCAGAUCUGCAGUGUAGAGAAAGUACCAUUUCCCAAAAAGACAAGACCCAUUUUUCAUUACGAUGUCCAUGUAAAAAUUCGCUGAACAGAACAAAAGAACACCAAGCAUCAUGAAUGUUUUGCUUUUAUUACACUAUGAGAUCACUAAGCAUAUAAAUGUUAGAAGUAGCAUGUUGUUGUAAGUAAGUGUUACAUUGUAUCCAAAGAUGGUAUUUCUGAAAGUCAUAAAUUCAAGCAAUAAUCUUCAUAAAUACUGAAAAUGAAAAAUGCUAAUAAUAUAACAUGAUACAGAUUAACUGUUUUUAUUGAAAUUAAUACAGAAAUUCAAUAGUUUGAAAUGUAUAAUAAAAUUGUUUUGUAAUUACGGUACUUCAUAAUAUAAUCUCAUAAUUACUCAGGUUAUUAUAACUAAUGAUCAUUACUUGCAUAGUCAUUGUUUGUAGAAACUGUGCCUACAUUGUGCUAAAUGACAUUCUAAACUUCGCCUUUGUGUCAUGUAAUUGUUGCUAAACACACUAUAAUUAACCAAAACUUAGUGUUUACAUUUGUGGUGAGGGGAACAUGUUAAUAUAACUGAAUAACUUCUCAGUAAGCCCAGUUGCCUUUCUCUAAACCUGGUAUUCUGUCAUAAAAACUUAUCUUGUAUAAAAAUUCCUUCCUUCAAAACCUUCAAAAUUAGGAUUCUGCCAGUAUAAUAACAAAAAUAACAAUUUCUAUUGAGCUUUACAAAUAUUUUCUUUAUUCACUCAUUUUUUUAAUUUUUUCUCUUACACUUAUUUAUUCCUUUUGUUUUAUGUAUCUUUCCUUAGUGUUUAGUAUUUGAAAUUCAGUUUAUUGUUGAUUAUCAAUGUAUACUUAUUGGCAACUUUUACAUGCAUACAAAAUAUAUUAUUUUAAAUUCACCUGCUGUAAACUGUAUCUUGUUUUUGAUCAAAAAAUGGAAUGCUAAGGAAUACUUUGUUAUUAUUGAUAUUAUUAACUUUACUGAGGUAUCAAGAGAGAUUUUUCUUAUUUAUUUGUAUCUGUCAUAUGGAAAGCAAUCUAUUUUGUUAAAGUUGCCUUUUUAUUUUUUUGUUCUUUUGCCUAUUUAUUUUUUAUUGUAUUGUGUUUUUCAUAUGUUUCAUUUGUUAAUCAAUGUCCUUACAAUCUUAUUACAGAUAAAUGGUCUGCGCUACUUUCAGCCAGAAACUCCAACUUAAAAAUCCCAACACGUUUGCUGAACCUUUCAUUAGGUGAUACUCCUUUAUAAAAAUGCUGCCACAGAAGAAAGUUUGUUUGUUUUUUAUUGGCAGACAGUUACACACUGAAAUGCUAAAAUCUCCUUGCAGCAUUCAGAAAUAAUGAAGUUUCACCCACAGCUGGGUAUCAGAUUUCAGUUAGUACUACUUAAUCAGACUGACAGCCAAGCCAGUUUUGGGUGUUAAAAUGUUUUUGAAGGAACACAAUCUUUCUUGCAGAAAAUAUACAAUAAGUUAGAUACCCUGUUCAUAAAAUAGUGAGAAAUUGAAGUAUAAAUACCUGCAAAAACUGCCAUGACUUGUAAUACAGUUUUACACGUCAGAUUUCACAGAAUGUAGAUGAUGUAGUGAACUUGAUUAAAAAAGGACUUGCAGAAAAACCAUGUUUGGUUUCUAAGUGUGAUAACUUAUGCUAUCAAAUGUCGAUGUACAAUAAUAGUGUAUUUAUGAUUUAUUUUAUCAACUCAUUGAUACUGUAUAUAAUUUAUUAUAAAUAAACUUUUGUAAAAUAACAAAUAUUUAGUGCUAAGACACUUGAAUGAUUUUGUUGAAUGUGGGAUUGUGCCAUGAAUUGUUAAUAUCUUGAAUGUAAAUAUAGAGCAGUGUGAGGGUCAUGCCUUCCAGCAAAUUAUAAUAUAUACUGAUGCAAUGGAUCUGGGACAGGGUAUUUAAACUGAAUGGUAAAUUGUAAAUUUAUUGUUUGAAUGAAAAAGAAUAAGAAAUAUGAAAUGGAAUCAAAUGUAUACCAGUUUACUCUCCAUUAAUAAAACAAUUCUCCUCUACACCAUUUUUGCUGUCUGGAAUCUCAAAGAAGUUUUAUAGUAGACAAAACUUAAAUUAUUUUACUGUUGCAAAAUGUUAGUAUUGUGGUGUGAAGUUAACUUUCACAAUUAAUACAAUAACAAAAUGAUAAAUAAAUUUUAUUACAAUGUUAUGAUGUAUAAUAUUAUUUUAUAAUGGCACUGAACUCUUUAUAUAAUAUUAAAUGAAUCUUUGCAGAAUGCAAAUUUACUGUUUAUUUUACAUAAGGCCUCUUAAUUCAUGUCAUAAAAAGAAAAAAAUAUAUUGGAACCUUUAUAUUUAUAUUCCAAAUAAUGUGUGAAAGGCUUCAUAUGAGAAAACCAAAUGUUUGUAUAUUCUUUUAUAUUUUGUGAAGCAAAGAGCGUGGAAUGAAUGUAGAUGUUGAGUUUAGAAAUCGAUAUUUGAUGUAUUCUCACCGUUACACUUACAGAAACAAUUUGAAGAUUGUUAUACAUCAUGACUCUUACUGGCAUAAUUCAUUUUUAAGAAUAUUGUUAUUGUUAAUGACUGGUCUUAUUUAUUGCUAUUGAAAAAUGUAAGUGUCUAAAGCUCUUAACAGUUGAACAUAAUUUAAAAUUUAUAUUUCAAGUUUCAGACCGUAUUGCCUAAAGUUCUAUGUUAUGAAUGAAAUUCUCAUUAAGAAAAGACUGUUGUAAAAUGUAAAUAAGAAUGAAACACAGCUGGUCAAGGUUUUAUCCCUGCUGCUUGAAUCAACAAGUCUGAUCCUUCUUGUUGUGUUUGAAACUAAGAGAUAUGAAAAAAGAGUUUGAUAGAGCUUAAAUAGACCUUUUAUUUUAUACCAUGUACCUGGAGAUGCAAUUUUAUUAUAUAAUGAAACAAUAAUUAUUGGAAAGCUUUUGUAUUAAUAAUUUUUGUCACUUUUACUACACAUAGCAAGUAGCUCACUUGAUGGCUACAUGUUAAUUGAGGAGCUGAAUGUAAUUAUUGUUGCUGCCAGCUAACCGACAGGGGUUAGUGAAUUGUUAACACAUAGUAUGUAGGAAGUUGUAAAUGCAAUAUGUAUCUGAUAAAUAAAGCACUUGUAAAUUUUUC